UCCAAGCUUUACGACGCGACGCGAUCAUGGACGACCACCAAAAGUCGCAGCAGCACUCGCAUGCCACGCCCACCUUUAUGCACGACACGCCGCCGCGGUCCGAUGUCGACGAGAUUCUGCGACGGAAACGUAAGGCGCGGGAGUACAAGGCCUGCUACCCGUGCAGGCAGCGCAAGGUCAAAUGCGACCAGACAGUGCCCUGCAAGACAUGCGUCGUCCGCGAGCAUCCUGAGCUCUGCUCCUACCACCCUCCGAGCGAGUCACACCCACCCGCGAAACGGAUAAGCAUGGGCAUGGGGCUGGGGAACGGACACGACUUCAACAACGGCCUGGUGCACAUACACGGUGGCACCGUCACCCUGCCGCGGGAGGACUGGGAGCGCAUUUGCGACAAACUGCAGCAGGCUGAAAAGUCGCUUGGCGAGCUGAAGAACUCCAUCAGCAGCGUCUCCGAGGUGGCCCCGCCCAUCAACGGCUACGAUCCCGCCAUGUCUACGCCACUCGCCGCCGUCGCGCCCAUGGAUGGCGAGCAGAGCCACGUCCGGACCCAGGGCAUUCACACACGCAACGACAUCACAGGCCAGACAAUACACAUCGGACCCAGUUCGGUGCCCGCGCUCGUCAUGGCGCUGGGGCGAGGAGACACACAGUGGGCGCCUGGUGUGCAAGAUAUGCUGGGCAAGAAGAGCAUGCUGCCCAUUUUUGGACUGGACAACGAGAGCGCCACCUACCCCUUCGUCGACCUCUGGGGGCUCCCUCACGGCUCAAUACUGCGCGCUAAUGAACUCGCCAACGCGCUGCCUAGCGACUCGGAGUGUUUAAGUUUUUUCCGCUGCUACCGCGAAACCGCCCAUGUUGUGUAUCCCGCCGUCUCUGACAUUGAAGGCAUCGAGUCGGAUCUCCUGCUGUUUUUGAUCAAUCGAGCGAGCGCACAGGGGACCAACGGCAUCACAGACCAGCAGAUCUAUGGCAAGGAUUUCCAUUGGAUAGGGCUUGUUUUUGCAGUCCUGGCGUCAGGAUGUCAAUGUUCAACGUUGUCGAGGAGAGAGAGGGAGCUGACUUCGCAGGUUUACAUUUGUUGCAGCUUCGAAUGCCUGCGCUUCACAAAUUUCCUCUCACUCGCCAACAUCGAAAACAUCCAAACGCUUCUGAUUCUCGGAAACGUCAUUUCUAACAACAUGAAUGCUGGUGUUGCUUGGAGUUUAAUGGGCCUCACAGUCCGCCUCUCACAGACUCUGGGACUCCAUCGUAUGUGUCCUCCAUCUAUGCCCGUACAGCAGAGAGUGUCUCGAAGCAAAGUGUGGUGGGCACUGCUAUGGCAGGAUUCGUUAUUAUCCGUCUCCUACGACAGGGCAUCUUCAACAACCACUAUCGAUCAUACCGUUCCCCUGAGUCAGCACACAGCACCAGGAACGAGAACAUAUGUUGAGAGCAUGUACCGCCUUUGCAAAGUUGGACUAGACAUCGUUCGUGAGCGCCAGCGACCGCAGAACUCCCACGACGCCUUGAUCAGGAUCACAGAACACCGACAGGAACUUCAAGAGAUCAUGGUUGAUGCAGCCGACUAUCUAAAAGACUCGCGACGCUGUCGUUCGAUGCGAGAUCAGCUCGAACACUGGGCGUUAUACCUACACAUCUCAUACAUCACAUCAGAGCUCUGCCGACCCGCGAUCAGCCCCAGCACCGUAGGCCUCGAUCUGUCCAAAACGCUGAAAAAGACAUGCAUCGACAGCCUCACCAACACAGUCGAAGCCUUCCUCGGCCUGCAGAACAUGACACCCUUCGCCACGCGCUCCUGGGCCGCCGUGCACCGCUCCCUCAGUUCCGCCCUCCUCCUCGGCAUCAUCGGCGAGCAAAAUCGCAACGAGCGAGCACGCAAUCUGCUGCAGAAUAUGAUCCAAGUCCUCGGCGACUUCACAAAGGACGUCGACCCUGCUGAGCUCGCUUCCCCUAUUACACGUUCCGUUUCGGCUCUCGAACGCCUGCUCAAACUCACGUCCUCGGGCGAUCGCAGGAUGAGCGAAACGGGCUCGCAGGCUUCGCCUACUAUGCAUACUUUUACCGUUGAGGAUAUCAACCAGGCGCUUAACAACGGCGAUGGGGGUAUACUCUCGCAGUCGCCGCUGCUGGGUCUGGAUCUGGAGUCGUCUCCGUAUGCGCUGAUGGAGUCUAUUGUGUGGGGUGCGCAGAAGGCUCCUUGAAAGGGGAACUGAUUGCGCAGGCGAUACGAGAUUAGAGAAUGUAGUCUGUGUGGACUGCGCGCAGAGCUGGCCUUCGCGACAUGAUGUUGUUAUCGAAUGUCGAGAUAUCGGGACACCGUCAGGACGGUCGCAUACACACCUAUCAUCAACAUGUUGGUGAGAAGAUUGGUAGUGCUUGGCUCCUAUAUACGACAUGAGUCAAUGGAGUAUAACCGCGACUACACAUGUGCGGUGCGCAGGCACGAGCAAGCACGUGCCUGCCGCUAUCGCAGAACAUACACAUAGAGACGCAGAAUUAGACAGGGGCCUCACGGAAGAAGGUGCCAUGCAUAUAUUAGCGCCGCGGUAGGAUACUUGCCGGCCAGCAACUUUUUACGCGAACGGCGGGUGUGUAGCAAUGAGCACAUUAUUAGAAGAUAGAAGAGAGUGGGUUGUAGGUAGUAGAAUAGCGCUAGACUUUACGAACAACUAAUGGAAAUGUUACGAACCC